AGUAACGGGACUCCAAGCUGCGAGUCUCAGUCUCGGAGCCUGAGGGUCCGGCGACGGCGCCGAUCCAACAUCCGGGUGGGAGCCAGGCCAGGACGUGCGCACCAUGCCCUACCUGCUGAUCAGCACCCAGAUGCGCAUGGAGGUGGGCCCCACCAUGGUGGGUGAUGAGUUCUCGGAUCCAGAGCUGAUGCAACACCUGGGGGCCUCAAAAAGAAGUGUCCUGGGAAACAACUUCUCUGAGUACUACGUCAAUGACCCUCCUAGAAUAGUCCUGGACAAGCUGGAACGCAGGGGCUUCCGUGUGCUCAGCAUGACAGGGGUGGGCCAGACACUGGUAUGGUGCCUGCACAAGGAGUAACCUUCUCACACCAAGGAGCUUCUGGCACCCCUUUUUUUAAAUGGUUGCCAUGGGCCCUGCCCCUAAGCUUCUGCCUCAUCAUCGCCCUAUUUCCCUCUUCCCAAGUCAUCACUUUCCUUAGCCAGCAUCACGGGACAUGGCUUCCUCUGAAAGGGGCCUCAGCCUGUGUGUGGGAGGGGGCAGGAUCCCUUGCCUUGACCUGCCAGCUUCAAAGGCCCUCGAGGAGGCCACUUUCUGUGUGCAAGCUGAGGGGUGGGCCAGGGAGAGGCUGUCCCUGGCUGGGAGAUGGGCACCAGGGGACAGCACAGCCCCGGGACUGGGUGGUGGGUCCUAUGUAGCUGAUCCGAGCCAAUAAAGGACUGUGAUGAGUGGCUGCUGCUCUGCUCUGCUGGCUCCGAUUCACUGUGUGGGGUGCCUCCCUGGGGGCUUGCCCACUGCCUGGGGAGGGAGAGCCAGGU